UAAGCGAUGGCUGUAAAUGCUCAUCAACUGCUGUACGGAGAUAAAGUCAACACGCCACGAGUGUGCCAGUGCGGUGCGAGUCCCCGAUAUAGGCGAGGAUCGAGGUGGCAAACGUCGUUCUUUCCAGUAGUGAGGGCCAGUUUUCGGGACUACAGCAGUGCGGGCAAAUGAUUCGGUGCUUUGCUUGCAAGUGUACGGUGCACAGGGAAAGGUAAACGCUUCGCGUCUGAUAGAAGUGAAUAAAUUCGGUGAAAAGCCACACAAACAUAUCUUUUUGACUGGUGCCGUCUGGAGUCGAGUGGCUGCUAGAGUGCAUUACGGUGUGUUUUUGGUGACCGGAAGCUAAAUAUCCACAGUUCCUGCACUACUUCACGGCAGCUUGGUUGGUGGCCGACGGAAGUACGCUGAUACGUUACAUUCCUGCUGUACCCCCACGUUCGAUCCGUUGCAUCUUCAUUACCGUUGGCUGAAACGAAACAAUGCGCAGCUACACUUGGAUGUUGGCGCUGAGCGCGUACGUCACGCUGUCCCUCUGCCUGUCCGUCAGCUGGUCCCUACCGGCCGGCGGUGGUACGGCCGGCAGCAGCUCCAGCAGCAGCAACGAUCUCGACAUGGACGAUCUGAGCCGGGACCGUGUGUCGGGACAGGGCGAAAUCUCGACGUCCCAGUUCCAGCACAUGCUAGCCGUCCGUUCGCCCAAGUACAACUUUGGGCUUGGCAAGCGGCGCUACAUCAUUGAGGACGUGCCCGGUGCGAAACGGUUGCCGCACUACAACUUCGGACUUGGAAAGCGCGGAAGCCCUAUGGGUGGAAACGAUUACGAGUACGAUGGACUGAUGGGCGGCAACCAGCUCGGCUGGAACGAUAACGACUACACCAAUCUGAUCACCAAGGAUGGCCAGUUCGAUUACGAUGCGGAAAAGGAGAAAGACGCUGCUAAGCGGUCUGCCUCGGGCAAUGGUGCUGGUUCUGCCUACCGUUACCACUUUGGGCUGGGCAAGAGGCGCGCCUACGACUUCGGUCUCGGCAAACGCUACUUCGACGCGGAGGACUUCAACAAGCGACUCCCGAACCGGUACAACUUUGGCCUGGGAAAACGCUAAUUCGGCCAAAUGACCAUCGCGCCAUCAUCCCGUUUCAUAAAGCCUCCCUUAUUCCCCUUACCCUCUCCCUCCUCCCUCUAACUUAAACCGAACCGGGGACCAUACCCCCGGCUCGGCAAAGCAAACCCCAGUUCUGUUGCGUGGCAAGCAAACGUGAGCGAGUAGCUGCGAACCGCAUCAAACAAACAUCGCUGGAACGACUCCUCCUCAGUGUGUGCGAGUGUGAUUGGAAAUGAAUGCCCCCGCUCCCGUUAGCAAUACCCAGCACCAGCCGCAACGUACACGCUUCCGAAGACUCGGAUCCCUCUGCACUGAGCAAGUCGCCACUCUAGCGGACUAGCGCAACGCAACGCAACGCAGUGUAAAUUAUAUAUAAACCUAGCGCACCUAGUCAGCAAGUCAACCCCCCCUCUGACAAUUCCCCGUGUGUCCCCGGACCCGGACCUCAGAGACUAAAUGUAGCAGCGUGUAAGGAUAUAUACAUACAAGCGAUACGAAGGACGGUGUUUAACUAAUGAAACUAAACACAAACACUUCUUGCACUUAUUUGCAUUGUUUUACAUCAAUUUCAACACGUCAAGAACGAAUGAAGGGAAAGAUUGGAUGAUUCGAUAAGCUAAUAAAGUUACGACAGCCCACAACCAAACAACCAUGUAUAAUGAGAUUCGGCCACAAUAAAGUUGAUGAAUAUCAUAGACAGCUCACCCCGUCUACCAUCAUCUACCCCUCUAAGCCUAUCUAAAUGUAAAACAAUUAUUCGGUGUGGUUUAAUACACGAUUCCUCGCCCAAACUUCUCGUCACUGGCUAACAAUCUAUUGUCUAUGAUAAGAAAAUAAAACCAAACAAAAAAAAGAAGAAAAAAUAAAUAAAUAACCAAGUUCUUUCCUGUUGCCCUUGUCCUUUCAAUAAUAAUUACUCCUUGUGACGGUGAUCAGGGAUAAAGUAAAAGUGCACAUGCAGCAUACAGAUAUGCAAAAAUGGCACAACUUUUUGUACAGUUACCAAAAGUAAUAGCAAGGACUGAUGAUGCAAGUUAACUAAGCUGAACUAAAUUUCCUAAUAUAAUAAAUUUGUUUUUAAAACUGAUCGCUAUCAAAGUAUGAUUAACUCCUCGGUUCUUCGGUUUUAUUUCACAUGAUAUUCAUUUCAGAUUACUACAACUAUAAUUCAGAAAUAAAAAUAAUGAAGAUACUAAAACUAACCAAAACCACAAAUAAGUUAUUAGUUUUGAUUUAAAAAGUACUAUCAUUUGUAAAGGAACAGGAGUAAAAAAGAUAAUGAAAACAAUCUAACUAUUCCGGCAAGAAGAGAGAAAAGACCAACAAAAGAUAAAUAACCCUACAUACACGAGACAACAUAAUACAAAACCACACAUACACACUGAAUAACACGUGUGUGCAAACCGAAUGCACAUUUAAGUACCGUUGUAUACCUUCUGCACUUUUUCUCAUGAUCCACGUGUUUGUGUUGUUUGUGUACUGAUAACACUCUGUAAAUAUGCAAACCCAAUCUGGCACCUCUGCGUUCCAGACUGUGCGGGGUGAAAGAUCAAUUAAUAUUGAACCUAAUUAAACUACUAAUACUACACUUAUGCGACGAGAAGCAAGUUGCUAAAUACUGAAAAUGGAAACUAAAUAAAGCACCACACAAGUGUGGUAAAUGAA